GCGCUCGCCGUCCCCCCGCCGGCUGGGGCUGCCCCGGCCCCCCCCGCCCUCCCGCCAUCUUCCGCCCCGCAGGCGCGGCCGGGGCCAGGGUCGGGCCGGGCUGAGGCGGAGGGAGGCGGCGGCAGAGCGAGCGAGGCGGCGCAGGCCCGAGCCCGGAGAUGAGGCCAGGAUGUCGGUGUCAGGGCUCAAGGCCGAGCUGAAGUUCCUCGAGUCCAUCUUCGACAAGGACCACGAGCGCUUCCGCAUCGUCUCCUGGAAGCUGGACGAGCUCCACUGCCAGUUUGUGCUCCUGCCGCCGCCGCCGGGCUCCAGCCCGCAGCCGCCGCCGCCGCUCACCAUCCACUGCAACAUCACGGAGUCUUACCCCUCUUCAUCACCAAUAUGGUUUGUAGAAUCAGAUGACCCAAACCUGACUUCAGUCUUAGAGCGUUUAGAAGAUAUUAAGAAGAGCAAUACUCUGCUUCUUCAACAGCUGAAGCGAUUAAUAUGUGACCUCUGCAGGUUAUAUAAUCUUCCUCAGCAUCCAGAUGUUGAAAUGUUAGAUCAGCCAUUACCAGCUGGACAGAAUGGAACAACAGAAGAAGUUACAUCAGAGGAGGAGGAGGAAGAAGAUAUGGGUGAAGACAUUGAAGAUCUGGAUCACUAUGAUAUGAAGGAGGAGGAACCAGUUGACGGGAAGAAAUCUGAGGAUGAAGGCAUUGAAAAAGAGAACCUUGCAAUCUUAGAAAAAAUCAGAAAAAAUCAAAGGCAAGAUCACUUAAAUGGUGCAGUCUCUGGGUCAGUUCAGGCUUCAGAUCGACUUAUGAAAGAACUCAGGGAUAUAUAUAGAUCACAGAGUUAUAAAACAGGGAUAUAUUCAGUGGAACUGGUAAAUGACAGCUUGUAUGAAUGGCACGUUAAGCUUCUGAAGGUUGAUCCUGAUAGCCCACUGCAUAGUGAUCUUCAGGUCUUAAAAGAAAAAGAAGGUGUAGAAUACAUUUUACUCAACUUCUCUUUUAAGGAUAACUUCCCUUUUGAUCCUCCCUUUGUGCGAGUGGUAUCUCCUGUGCUCACAGGAGGGUAUGUCCUAGGUGGAGGUGCAUUAUGCAUGGAACUUCUUACUAAACAGGGCUGGAGCAGUGCCUAUUCAAUAGAAUCAGUCAUCAUGCAGAUCAAUGCCACUUUAGUCAAAGGAAAAGCCAGAGUACAGUUUGGAGCCAAUAAGAAUCAAUAUAAUCUAGCAAGAGCACAGCAGUCCUAUAAGUCACUAGUACAAAUACAUGAGAAAAAUGGCUGGUACACUCCUCCGAAAGAAGAUGGCUAACAUUGAGGACUGUUGUAUACCUGGACCAAUGUCAACAAAACAAGCUCUUUUUUAUGUUUUCCAACACACAGACUCAAGCUAUGAGUGCCCCUAUAACAGCUGUACUGAAGACUUUAGCUAUUAGAUAAGUUAGUGGAUAAUCUGUCAACUGACACGUAAAGUAUAAGUUACAGCCUUACCAUUCCGCUCUUCUUAGGUAUCUGGACUGAGCAGUUUGGGCCUUUACCGUAUUUGUUCUUAUGGAUUAAGCAUAUUUGGGCCACGCCCUCCCUUCUCCCUUUUUUUAUUUGAACGCAUAAGCUCCCUACAGCAGGCUAUCGAGUUACUGGAGAUCAUUCAAUAGGAGUGAGUUGUUCACACACUUUUGUGUAUUUCUUACCUUUUGCAAAAUGCAGACUGCAGAGACUUGCAUUGUAUCGUUUCAUUUAAAGCCAAGAAGUUUAAUACAUUGUUUAAUACUGUUUUAGGAAAUGUCAGGUCUUGCAAAUCACAGUAGUUUUUCUGGUCAAAAAUGACAGCAUUUGUAGUAUUUCCAAAUUAAUGAUAUAGGAAAAACACAUGUAUGUUAAGUCAUUAAACAUUUUUCAUGGCUGUA